AUGAUGGACGCAGGCGACCUUGACCGGGAUUUUCUUCUUUUCACGCUCGCAAUCGUGGGCUUGCUUUGGUACACCAUUCUAUGGGGAAUUGGACUUCUUGGAUGCAUGACCGCCCGCAAGCGCUACCGCUUGCGCCCGCGGUCCCCCUCAGCGAAUGCUCCUCGCGAAACCACACCGGGUGUAUCCAUCUUACGUCCGCUCAAGGGCCUCGACACAAACCUAUAUGAAAAUCUCGAGUCAACAUUUACUCAGGAGUACCCCAAUUUUGAGAUUUUGCUUUCGGUCGCGGACGAGGAGGAUCAAGCUCUCCCCGUGGUCAGGGAACUCAUCGCCAAGUAUCCCAAUGUCGAUGCAAAGGUCAUUGUCGGCGAGGAGGUUGUAGGUGUCAAUCCGAAAGUGAAUAACUUGGUCAAGUCAUACCGCAUGGCAGCCAAUGACAUCCUGUGGGUGCUCGAUUCCAACAUUACGGCGGACCCAGGGACCCUUGCGCGUUCCGUCGACGCGCUCCUUCGUCCUACACCCACAAGUGGGGACAAACGGAUAGCCCUCGUGCAUCAUGUUCCCCUUGCAUUCGUCAACGAACACAAGUUAGGAUCACGGAUCGAGGAAGCAUUCCUCAACACCAACCAUGCCAAAAUGUAUAUCGCCAUCAACACCGUUGCCAUCGACUCCUGUGUAGUGGGCAAGUCAAAUAUGUACCGUCGCUCGGAUAUCGAGCACGUAAACGGGACGCUGAGGCCUGUUACCUCCAAGAUGCACGGCGUCGUGCCGUGCGGGUUGCCAGCAUUUGGUAGAUUCCUUGCUGAAGAUAACAUGAUCGCGGGCGCGCUCUGGCACGAACUCGAUCUGCGGCAUGAUCUUUCGUGCGACGUAGCGCGCAACGCUGUGGGCAAUAUGUCGGUAGGCGACUACAUUACAAGGCGCGUCCGUUGGAUUCGCGUACGCAAACACAUGGUUCUCGCCGCCACUCUUCUGGAACCAUUCACGGAAUCCAUAAUUCUCUCCUUGAUUGCUGCGUCAAGCUCGAAAUAUCUUUUCGGGGUUCCGAUGUUGCUGUUCUUCCCAUUGCAUUUCGCUGCUUGGUUAUCGGUCGAUUUGGAUGUUUACGCUUCUCUCGCGGGAUUCCCCCUGCCUUCCGAUCGUACAUGGGGGUUCUUGAUAGCUUGGGGCGCCCGCGAAAUUUUGGCGUUGCCCAUUUGGGUUAUUGCUAUGUUCGGGAGUCGGGUCGAGUGGCGAGGGAAGCAAUACCAGGUUCUUCGGAACGGAGAAGUUGAACAGGCUGGUUCUAUGAAUUGGUUUGAUAGACUUAGAUCCAGCAGGCGUCAAGGAGACUAUGAACGCAUUGAUUUAGAGACAUGA